CGCUCCCGCAAGAAGAUGGACACCACAAACAUCAAGCCACUAAUACCCUGAACCUCGACUCCACUUUUCCCUUGCCCUUUUCCGUCCAAGGCACCCAAGCACAGCAACAAAGCAAUCGUGAAUCCAGGAACUAGCAAUCACCAGGACAAUGAAUAAGGCGACGCUCAGAGCAGCCUCGUUCAUCGCAUGUAGGAGGUCAUGGAGGCUCCCUUGCUGUUAUGUGCAAACAACUUUUCGAUUUCGCUCCACCGCAACUACCGCCGCCACCAGUUCUAUCGAAGCUUCUCAAGCUCCGUGCUCUUCCAUAAAACAGACCCCGCCCCAGCCUCUGUUUCAGCCCGAAUCUUCGGUCGCAUGGGAUGUAUGUUCACUGCAACCUCAAGCCAAGGAACGUCGACGGAAAAAUUCCAAUAAGCGUACAGCAAAGGAACAGGCACAGGCACAGGCACAGGAGACGUCAUCCUCGAUACCUCAUCCAAAAGAAUGUUCUGAGCCGUCUCUACAGCCCCUAACAUAUCAGGGACAGGCUGCUACAGAUAAUGAUCCCGGCUUUCUAGGCCUUAAACCAGCGCCGUUUCCUAAGGAUAUUCAUUCCUGCAUGCCAUACGUAAAUCGGAAUGUGCUGUACAAAAGAAUACAUGAGGCUCAGUCCAUCAACCAUACCCAUAACGACCUCGAGAGCUUUGAAGGUCUUGACCACAACACUAGCAGCACCAUCUAUCGAGGAACGCUUUUCGAAUAUCAGACUCAGGAAAUUCUCAAGAAGCAUCUCGGCAUUUACACGCAACGGUCUGCAGGAAACGGCGACCUGGGCAUCGAUCUUCGUGGAACAUGGUUCUUACCAUUGAGUGCUUCCGCGGAACCAGGGGACAUGGUACGGCAUCUAAAAGUGAUCGUGCAGUGCAAGAAAAUGAGCUCCAAGGUCGGUCCGAAAUUUGUCCGCGAGCUGCAGGGCUCGCUCUCGUAUGAAACGCAGCCGACCAUGGCUAUCUUGGCAAUCUCAUCCGAGUUCACCAAGCAGGCCCUUCUCCCAUACGCAAAGUCACUGUGGCCAAUGGCGCUGGUAGUGAUCGACACUAAGAAACAAGAGUGUCGAAAGUUGAUGUGGAACAGAGCCGCCGAGAAGGUUAUGCAUGGACUGCAGGUCGCCACACGAUGGUACAAGGGAGAAGACGGACAAUUGGAGAGCAGGCCAGUGCUUUGUUUCAAGGGCGAGCUCAUUAAGCGGUUACCAGGACCUCAUCUCAAUGAAGGCAAACGGGAAGCAGAUCAGGAUAUGGAAAGUAUGGAAACCGCCAACACUUCACCGAUCGACUAUUCGAUCCCAAAUUGGAACAUCAACACAAAGCCAGAGUACCUGCGCAUUGUUCCCAAAGCAACGGGAGGAUGGGAUCGUGCGGAUCUGGAGGGCGAGGACGCAGAUCACCCCCCUCUUCAUUCAAAUCACUUGGAACUGCUAUCAUGGUCCCCUCCAUUUCCAAUCCAGGAGUCGAUCCAGCCAUCGACUGAAUAAAGGAGACUAUUACUUUCUAAAUGACCUCUUUUGUGAGACAAGCAGUGUU